CAAUGUCGACAGUUGGACAUUCUCCAAAGAAAAGGCCAGGUUAUCUACUGGGGGAAAAAAGCCUGUCUCUUACUUACCAUGCACAAUCUGAUCUUUAAUGCCUCACUUUCUGUUUUUUAGACAGGGUCUCUAGGUAGCUAGCCCAGGCUGUUUUGAAACUGGCUCUGUACACCAGACUGGCCUUGGACUCAGAUCUGCCUGUCUCUCCCUGGGAUUACCCGGGGGUAAAAGCAUCACUUUUAAAUACAGUUCAGGAAGGCUAAAUGCAAGAAACUUUUCAGUACACAGUUUGACCCCAGAUUUGGUCUUACCUCCAAAAUCGUUUGUACAACUCAGGUUCCCACCUCUCUUACUCCGGAAGAGGAGAGAAGAGCAUUUGGCUAGAGAUGUUUUGUUUUGUACCAUGGACUCAAAUGUAACAGUUCCCAAGUAUUUUAUCUUCUCGAUUAUUUAUUCAUUUUUUGAGGCAGAGUUUCGCUAUGUGUCCCCUACUGGCUUCGAACUCACAAAACCUGCCUCUGCUUCCUGAAUGCUGGAGUUAAAGGUGUGGUCCCCCAUGCAUGGCCCGUCUUCUCUACUUUAAGUCUCUCUUUCGGUAGGCUGUGCCCAUUAAAUCCAGACUAGAUUAACUGAGAGCACCCCCCACCCCCUCCCCGUGUCAUUUUGUGUGGUAAGAAACGGGGAAGUCUGGCCCCCAAAGGGGGAAGCAUAGUCCACCCAGCUAUGCACCCGCUCUACCACUGACCUACACCCCCAGCUCCAGCGAAGAGUUUCCUUGUACGUAUUUAUGGGAGAAGUGUCCCUGAAGCAUUCUGCCUCUGCCCACGCGGACAGCGGGGCACUCGUGGAUGCACGUGGCCGGGGGGUUAUUCCCAAGCGGCUGGGGAGUGCAGCGGUCCGCGGCUUUGGGUUGAGUGGCCUCGGCUGGGAGACGGAGAGACAGAGCCUGCAGCAGCCAGCCGUGGGAGCCCACGGUCACUUGCCUUCUGAUGACACCCACGGAGGGGCGGACGAACAUGAAAUCCAUCCUGCCGUCCAAGCCGCCAUAGACCUCAUUGCGGGCGGCGCUGGGGGCUCAGCGUGUGUGCUGACAGGGCAGCCCUUUGACACCAUCAAAGUGAAGAUGCAGACAUUCCCCAACAUGUACAAAGGCCUCGCCGACUGCUUCCUAAGGACCUAUAACCAAGUGGGCUUCCGGGGUUUAUACAGGGGAACCAGUCCUGCACUGCUAGCCUACGUUGCCCAGAGCUCUAUCCUAUUCAUGUGCUAUGGCUUCUGCCAACAGUUUGUCAGGAAAGUGGCCGGAGUGGAUCAGAGCGCAGAGCUGAACGACUUCCAGACUGCCACGGCUGGGUCACUGGCCUCCGCAUUUGCUGCGCUGGCCCUCUGCCCCACUGAACUUGUGAAGUGCCGGCUGCAGACCAUGUAUGAAAUGAAGAUGUCAGGGAAGAUAGCACAAAGCUAUAGCACAAUUUGGGCUAUGGUUAAGAGUAUCUUCAUGAAGGAUGGUUUCUUAGGCUUCUAUCGUGGACUUCCCACCACUCUAUUUCAGGAAAUACCUGGCUAUUUCUUCUACUUUGGGGGCUAUGAACUCGGUCGAUCAUUUCUUGCCGCGGGAAGACCAAAGGAGGAACUAGGCCCUGUCUCUUUGAUGUUAAGUGGAGGCUUUGCCGGGAUCUGCCUCUGGCUUAUCAUAUUCCCAGUGGACUGUAUUAAAUCCAGAAUCCAGGUUCUUUCUAUGUCUGGGCAUCGAGUAGGAUUAAUCAGAACCUUUUUAAGUGUUGUGAGAAAUGAAGGAAUAUUAACCUUGUAUUCUGGAAUGAAAGCCACUCUGAUUCGAGCUAUCCCUUCCAAUGCUGCUCUGUUUUUGGUCUAUGAAUACAGCAGGAAGAUGAUGAUGAACAUUGCAGAAGAAUACUGAAGUGUUUUGAUGAAACCCUUGUCUAAGCACAUGAGUGUGAGGACCACGGCUCUAGAUAUCAAAGAGUUCAAGACCAACAUGGAGUUGUCUUUGACUGGGAAUUUUGGGUUUGUUCUCCCUUCCUCCAAAUCUCAAACUUGGUGGAGAAAUCUUUAUAUCCUAUGGUUUCUUUUCACAAGCAUACUGAAAUAGAAAAAUCACUGCUUUUGCUGGUGGUGGGAUCUGCAGGGUGAACCCAAGAGCCUAUGUACUUCAAGGUUAUCGGGGCUGCUUCAUAAACCUAUGUAACAUCUUGAA